UAUCACAGAUAAGACACAUUUUUCAAUUAGUAUAUUUAUUUAAAUUAAAUCUUUUUUGAACGUUGACUAUAAUUUUAACAAUGAUUGUUUCUUAAACGUGUUUGGUUUUUAAAACAUUUGUUUCAAAUUUCAAUACAUCUUAUCACUUACGACCUAAGCACCAAGUUAACAAAAAUUGCUAUACAUUUGGACUAGUGAGUUGUUUGAGUUUGCGCAUUGGAGCAAUAUUAGAGCGUAUCUCUGAAUAUCAAUAACAAUGAAGUAUACAGAGCUCAACAUCGCUAUUUUAAAACGCGCAUGCGUUAUAAAUGUAUGGAAUAAGGAAGCUAAAAAAUCAUUACUAACAUCCCAAGUUACUGGAUGCCGAAGUAGCAUUGUGGAUACACUUCCAAAACAUUAUCGUCAAACAAAAUUAAAGAAGUAUGUUAAUAUUAUUUGAAUAUGGCCGAAUCAUUAGAAACUUUUGAAAGGUGUUGUCGUCUUUGUGCAGAAGAGCAAGAAGUAACAAUAAUGAUAUUUAGUAAAGAAGCUGAAGCCAUGCUUCUUCAAAAUAAGCUGAAUAAAUAUCUUUUGAUUGAGGUUGAAGAAGAUGAUAAGCUACCAAAAAACAUUUGUGUCAAAUGUUGUUCAAAGUUACAAACUGUAUGUGACUUUAUUGAUACUGCACGAAAAGCACAGGAUGUUUUACAAAAUCAAAGUAUGAUUUUGGAACAAACUGAGGAAAUCACUAAAACUAUAAAGGCAAACAAUGUUGAACCAGAUUAUGGAGAUGACAUAAAAUAUACAGCUAUGGAAGUAAACGUUGAUCCUAUGAUGGUAUUACAAAACUCGGAAGAUUCAAUAUUACCUGAUAAUGAAGAAAAUUCUGAAUCAAUUGAACAAGAUGUAACAUAUUUACAUGGUGUAGAUGGUGAAGAUGUUACUAUAAAGCUGAUCAAGAAGGGAGAUAAGACCUGUGACCCAAAUGAUGACAAAAAGGAUACCACGAAACCUUUUCAAUGUAUUACUUGCAACCGAGGGUUUUUUACCGAGUUAGCUUUGAAAAAUCAUUCAUGGACCCACUUUAAUGAGGACAGAGCUACUAAACCUUAUAAAUGUAGUUCUUGUAGAGAACAAUUUGAUUAUAAAAGUGAAUUAUUGAUACAUCUAAAACUACAUAGAACCUCAGGCAUGUGCUUAAUAUGUGGAAGAAUAUUCAGGACUGAUAAAAAUUUAGCUGCCCACAUGGCAGCUCAUUCAUCAUCCACUAGUAAAUCAUAUGUUUGCAAAGUAUGUGGCCGUUCAUACAAUACAAGUAGUAAUUUGAAAACUCACAGUGUAACUCACAGCACUGAAAGACCAUACAAAUGUCACUAUUGCAAGAAAAGUUUUAAACGAAAUCAAGAUUUAAAGUUCCACAUUAACCAACACACUGGGGCAAAACCAUAUAAAUGUCCAUUCUGUGAGAAAAGCUUUGCAAGUUCUGGUAAUUGCUACUCACAUAAAAGUAGGAUGCAUCCUGGUCGAAGAGUUGAAGUAAAGAAAAGGCGGGCUACAAUUUCCCGUGAAAAUCAGCCAUUACAACCACGACCUAUUGCUCCAAAGCCGACUCUUACAACAAUAAAAGCCUCUUUUAAAUAUCAGUGCACAUUAUGUGAUCAUAGUUUUCAUAAAAGAGAUAAUUAUACAUAUCACAUGUACCAGCACACAGGAGAAAAACCUUUUCAAUGUUCAUUCUGUAGUGAAAAAUUUGUUACUAGAAAAGGCCUUUUGCUUCAUCAUGACAAAUGUCAUCCUGGAAAAGAUCGUCCAUUAGCAUUAUUAUCAAGAAAUGCUUUACUCAAAUAAAAUCAUUUUACUAAAAUAUUUUAUAUCAUGAAUAUGUGUCUUGAUAUCUAAUUAGAUUAAGCAAUUUAUAUUGCCUUAGCUAUAAGAAUUAAUCAUAUAUUAUAUUUUAUAAAUAAUAAAGAAGGGUUUGACUUAGAUAAGAUAAUAUCAUUGGGAAAGAUAGUCCAUAAUUGUUGUAUGUACCAAUAUCUGUAUCAUUGAACCUAUGCUUCAUCUCUUCUCGUCUCUAUGUUAACAACCUAUGACAAAAUAGGAUUCCUUGUGUCACAAAAGAACUUGCAUGAUCAAGAUAAACAUUUAUUACUAACAUAUACAGGUUUUUUUUUUUCAAAACAAUACAUAUUUAUAAUCAUAUGCUAUGGAUAAUAAAGCACAACAAUUUCGUGAGUUAGAUUAUUUCGAUGAAGCAUUUACCAUCUUAUUAGCUUUUAUUGUAUCAUUAAAAAGACAAUACUUAUAUAAACAAAUGUAGGCAGUAAUUUUAGAUCGGUUUAUAUAAUACAUCCCAAACACAUAUUUAGUUAUUAUCUACCCCCCUGAUGAUGGGGCCAACCGAUCGAUUUUUGUUUUUUAGUUGACACUAAUCGAAUUCACAAACUAGAACUGCAUUUAAUUAGUUAGUGGAUGAAUAUAUAUUAUAUUUAUUUAGUAUUAGUAAAAAAAUGGAGUGACUUACAUUGGGAAUUGAUUUAAAAUAUACUUCAUUAUAGAAUACAGUACAAUACAGUUCAUUUUCUUAAUUUGAUUGUAA